AUGAAGAGGAAGAGCGUGGGGUGCUGUGACACCCCCAAGAAGCUGGGCCUCUCCUUCUCCAUCGAGGAAAUCCUAAAGAGGCCCACUGAGAAGAGCAAUGUGGUCAGGACCAAAGGGGCAGGGGGAGAGGGCACCGAGCCAGCCACAGCCACAGCCUCCAGGCUGGAGACGCCCCCACAUGACCAGCCCCAGGAGGAGAGGAAGAGCAAGAGGAGGGUUCGCACCACCUUCACCACGGAGCAGCUGUAUGAACUGGAGAAGAUCUUCCAUUUCACCCGCUACCCAGAUGUCCAUGUCCGCAAUCAACUGGCAGCCAGGAUCAACCUCCCGGAAACCAGAGUUCAGAUCUGGUUCCAGAAUCAGCGAGCCAAGUGGCGGAAGCAGGAGAAGAUGGGCAGCCUCAGUGCUCAACAGCAGCUGAGUGAGGCUGACUUAGCCCCAGGGACAAAUCUGGAUAUGGCUGGCCCCCUGUGGUUGCCUGAAGUUCCACCCAGGCUGGCUCCACUCAGGCUGGUUCCACCCAUGGGUGGUUAUCCACUUGCUCAAAGCCAACUGGCCACAACCUGGUUCCCUGCUCAAAUCACCUUCAUCCCACACCCCUCACGGGAGAUGCAGCUGCUCCCAGGCCCUCUCCUGCAGCAGGCCUGCAUCCCUGCACUCCACCUUCUUCCACCUCCACACCCCAGAUGGGGCAGCAUGUGUGCCACUUCAACAUAG